AUGGGAGGUUAUUCAAAAUCUACGUAUGAAUAUACAAAACUACGAAAAAACUUUGGUAGACAACCGUUGUUUCAAAAUGUUCCUGCUCAUAUAAUAGAUACGAUAAACCCGGAUUAUGAACUUCAGAAGCAGUACACACUUCGUAAUCCCGUACACCAACAAAUACAGGCCACUUUGCCACAAACGGACCAUGAAAGUAACACAAAGAAAAUAGUGAAGCACGAGCAAGGUAUAAAUCAUACCGAAGGUGGCUGGCCACGUGAUGUUCAUCUUUAUAAUGAGGAACACAUAUUGCGACACCGUCGUCGUAUACAACACGAUGAAAGCUAUGUGCAUUCGGUUUUAAAUUUAAAACCUUCUUUAGAGCAUUUAAUAGAUCAAAAUAACGCAAUUGAUAUGUACCAAUCGUAUUUUACUAAUAUACAUCCUCAAGCUUCCGUUGAAAAGUACAAUGUACAAAUUUCUAAUGAAUUUCGUGAUCCUUAUCAUCGACCAAUAUCAUGCAUUGCUUGGACUAAUGAGAGAAACUCGAAGCUUAUCACAUCUUACUGUGACAAAAUAUAUUCAAUAGAGUCAGAUACAAACCCACAGAACGUCUGUUAUAUUUGGGAUGUUAACAGGCAAACCUCACCUGUAUACCAGUUUUCUCCUGAAAACGGUUGUUGGCAAGUUACAGGAUCGCCUGUAAGACCUGAAAUAAUAGUCGCAGGACUUGAAAAUGGUAUUUUCAACAUUUUUGAUACCCGAAUGGGAUCAAAGCCGGUAUGUAGCAGCUCUAUAUACAAUUCUCACUUUGGACCCAUCACUGCCUUACUUUACACCCAUACACGUACUAAUACAGAGUUUUUCACCGGCUCUCUUGACGGUCAAUGUUUAUGGUGGGACGAAAGAAAUAUUUCUCAACCUAUUGAUAAGCUCCCAAUGUCCGUCAGAUUUUCAACUAAGGCUGAACCAAAUUUAACUAACUCUGAAGGUGUAAGUUCUCUUCAAUUUGACAAAGGCCUGCCUACUAAGUUUCUAUGUGGCACGGAAUCUGGAUUAGUUAUCAAUGCAAACCGUAUGGGACGAAGUCAUUCGGAGAUAUUAACCUCAUAUUGGGAAGCACACACAGGACCAGUUAGAGCUGUGCAUCGCAGUCCGUGUACGCUAAGAAUGUUUAUAACGUGCGGUGAUUCGACUGUUAAAGUAUGGAGCGAAGAAGUUCGGACAGCUUCCAUUAUAUUUACAAAACCUUAUCGUCAACAAAUUACUGAUGUGUCUUGGGCGCCUUUGAGAUAUUCUUGUUACAUGGUUGUUUCUGCAGGUGGUGUAUUUUACUACUGGGACCUUCUUAGAAAAUUCGAUCAACCUGUUGCAAGUCUCAAUAUAUCUAAUCAUGGUCUCACUAAAGUGGUACCUCACUUAGAAGGCGAGUCAAUAGCUGUUGGUGACAAUUAUGGAUCAUUAUUUUUAUUGCAUUUAUCAGAGAAUAUGAUUUUCCCUGGUCCCAAUGACAAACAGUUCAUGCAUCAAGUAUAUGAUCGAGAAACUAGAAGAGAACAUAUUUUAGACGCACGUUUAAAGGAACUCCGAUUAAAAACGCGUACAGAACCUACAACUGAUGCUACCGAUGAUAAUACAGAUACUGAAAAUUUUGAUGUAGAAAAAGAAACAGAAGACUAUUUUAAAAUAGUCAAAGAAGAAAUAAGUCUUAUGGGUGGAGUUUUUACAACAUCUUAG